AAUGACGUUGAAGGCUCCGCCCUCCAUACCCAGCUCUGAUUGGUCUACAAUCCCGGAAUAGGCGUUAACCCCAGCAAGGCAGUGGCAAGAUGGCGUCUCUGGAUCGGGUGAAGGUACUGGUGUUGGGAGACUCAGGUGUUGGGAAAUCUUCACUAGUUCAUCUUCUGUGCCAAAAUCAAGUUCUGGGAAAUCCAUCAUGGACUGUGGGCUGCUCAGUAGAUGUCAGAGUUCAUGACUACAAAGAAGGAACACCAGAAGAGAAGACCUACUAUAUAGAAUUAUGGGAUGUUGGAGGCUCUGUGGGCAGUGCCAGCAGUGUGAAAAGCACAAGAGCAGUUUUCUACAACUCUGUAAAUGGUAUUAUUUUAGUACACGAUUUAACAAAUAAGAAGUCAUCCCAAAACUUGUAUCGUUGGUCAUUGGAAGCUCUCAACAGGGAUUUAGUGCCAACCGGAGUCUUGGUAACAAAUGGGGAUUAUGAUCGGGAACAGUUUGCUGAUAACCAAAUCCCACUGUUGGUAAUAGGAACUAAACUGGAUCAGAUUCAUGAAACCAAGCGCCAUGAAGUUUUAACUAGGACUGCUUUCCUGGCUGAGGAUUUCAAUGCAGAAGAGAUUAAUUUGGACUGCACAAAUCCACGGUACUUAGCUGCAGGUUCUUCCAAUGCUGUCAAGCUCAGUAGGUUUUUUGAUAAGGUCAUAGAGAAGAGAUACUUUUUAAGAGAUGGCAAUCAGAUUCCAGGCUUUCCUGAUAGAAAAAGGUUUGGGGGAGGAACAUUAAAGAGCUUACAUUAUGACUGAAUUACACUCAUCCUUCGGAAGAGUGAGCAAGCUGUGGCAGUUUUUCACAGCUUUCUUCUUGCUGUGUCGAUCAUUAAAGUCUCAGCCUUUUAAUGAAAUCAUCUUAAAACACCACCCUUCAGCCUCACCCUUUAAUGGAAAACUGAAAAGAAGUGACAGCAUGGGAGGUCCAAACUUUGUCCCCAUUCUCUCUGUUCCUCACCUUUCUGUUCCUGUUUAUAGAUUAUAUAAAAGCAAUGGAAAUAGGAGAUGUUGUCAGAAUGAUGCAGUAAAUGAGCAGUGACAGAAUGCUGCAGAGAAAAUUUACACUUGCCUAGAACUGGAGGGUUUUUAUGGGUCUGUAAUUUUCCCACACUCCUUGCUGAAGGCUUAAUUAAGUACUUCAAAACUGCAUCUCUAUUGUUUUACCUUUAUGAGGGGAAAGGUUAUGUUAACCAGCCCUCAGUUGUCCACCCCAAACAAUCUCUGUCAUUUUCAAAGAAGCAAAAUGCUGCUCUUUAAUUGUCUCCACCUUUAUCACACACAAGGAUGCCUAACAACAGCAACCCUUGCCUCUUUCUCCUCUCCUUUGCAAAUGUCUCAGUGGCUGGAAGAGGGGGACUAAUAGCUGGAGGUAAAUAUAAAUAGAUUAAUAAUACAUAGAGAACAGCAGUCCCAGGAAGGAAGAAUUCUGCAAGAAAUCGACAGCUCACUGAAAUCCUUCACUCUUUAGGUCACAGCUGUCUGCACCCUCUUACUGUUUCCUGUUUGCAAAUAGGGUAAAAUCUAAGAACUGCACAAGAGCAGUAAGAUUUACAGCCUCUUCAGUUUUUAUUUUUAUUUUUUGAAGAAAAAGUCCACUCCCAAAACGUCCCUUAACUGUAGUCCAUAACCUAAGAAUGUUAUUCUUUGUGUCAACAAUGAAUUUAUGGAGAGAAGUAAAAAUAAGUUCCGCAGCAACACAUUUACAUGAAUUAUGGACUAGGAUUCUUGGAUUUCACAAUCCAAAGUUUCGGGGGGGUGUAUAUGCAUAAUUGUUCAUUGUUACAUUUUUUACCCCUCUUUUUUGCUUGUAUAAUUCCCUUUGCCCCGGUUCUUUGUUAAUAUAUAAACUUGUUUUACAAAAA